CAUCGAGGGAAAGCUCGGCUAUGGCGGACAGAUCACAGCGCCAAUGCAUUCCUCAUUCUAGGUAGAUCCAGGCAAGGCGCACAGAUCGGGGAGAGAUUCCGCAAGGAAAUGUAAGCAUGGCGUCGUCGAAAUGGCCCCAGCGCCGGAUCAUCGUGCUGCUCACCUUCGUGUGCACGGCCGUGUGCUAUGUGGAGCGCACGGGAUUCUCCAUCGCCUACACGGCCGCGGCCAAUUCCGCCGGGAUCACGCAGAAAUCCAAGGGUAAUCUCCUCUCGGCCUUCUUCUACGGCUACUCCAUCUCCCAGGUCCCGGGGGGCUGGGUCGCGCAGCGCAUCGGCGGCCGCAGGGUCCUUCUCUGGUCAUUCUUCGCGUGGACGCUGGCGUGCAUCGCGACGCCCAUCGAUCCGCGCCACAACAGCGCCGUGAUAAUCUUGAUCCGGGUGCUCGUCGGCGUCGCGCAGGGAUUCAUCAUCCCAUCGGUCCACACCGUCCUGGCGCAGUGGGUUCCCCCUCACGAGCGAUCCAGGUCGGUCUCUCUCACCACGUCGGGGAUGUAUCUCGGGGCCGCGUUUGGGAUGCUCUUCCUCCCGGAGCUCGUCCAUUGGAGCGGCCCCCGGGCGGUCUACGUGAUGGAAGCUCUCAUGGGCCUCACUUGGGCGAUCUUCUGGCACUUCUACUCGACAGAUCCGCCACUCUCGGAGCAUCCAAAGGCCUCGGCGGCGGGGUUUGGAGCUCCGGCGGACAUCGAGCUCAAGAGCAUCCAUUCCGUGAAGGCUGGCGAGGAGAAUGGAUUGCUGGCGGCUGCUACGAAAGAGAACUGGAAGAAGGUUGGCGGGCUAGAGAUUUCCGCUGCUGCUGCUGCUACUGCUGCUCGAUCAAGAACCCACAUUCCUUGGAAGAAGAUCCUCCAGAGCUUGCCGGUGUGGGCGAUCGUCGUCAACAACUAUACGUUCCACUACGUUCUCUACGUCCUCAUGAGCUGGUUGCCGACGUACUUCGAUCAGGGCCUUCACGUCGGCUUGCAACACAUGGGAGCCUCCAAGACGAUGCCAUACGUGGUGAUGUUCGUCAUGUCCAAUGUGGGGGGACUGGUGGCGGACUACUUCGUGACCCGGAAGAUCAUGAACGUAGCUCACACCAGGAAGUGGAUCAACGGCGUGGGGUUUGUGGUCGCUGCUGCUGGGCUGGGAAUCAUGCCGAAGAUCUCUUCCGUCCAGAGCGCGAUAGUUUGCUCGUCGGUGAUACUGGGAUCCUUGGCGCUGGGACGAGCUGGCUUUGCUGUCAACCACAUGGACAUUGCUCCCAGGUACGCUGGGAUCGUCAUGGGGAUCUCCAACACUGCUGGGACUUUUGCGGGGAUUGUUGGCGUCAACCUGACGGGAUGGAUUCUGCAAUCGUCCAGCCAGGGGCCGGCGGAUCUUGGCAGCUGGAGGCUCGUCUUCGGGCUUCCGGCGGUUCUCUGUGUCUUCAGCGCCGCAGUGUUUUGUAAAUACGCCAGCGGAGACAGGGUUUUCGAGUGAAACUUCGACAGGUAAGUUUUCUCGCUGCAAUGGUUCUUGCAGAUUGCUAGAAGCAUACUUCGAAAUGGAAAUCAUUCUUUUUCUCCAA